AUGUCCCUCUUGCUGCUUGUCCCUUCUCUUCUCAUACUUCUCUCUAUCCUAACCCUGCGCUGGCACAGGGGACCUUCCCACCCUCAGAACCUCUAUCCCCCUCGCCCACCUCCUCUUCCCUUCUUAGGUAACCUGCUGCAUCUGGGGCAUUCUGACCUACCAGUUCAUCUGCUCAAACUCUCUCAAAAAUAUGGACCUAUUUAUCGUCUGAGCUUUGGGGGCAAAGAUAUUGUUGUGCUGAAUAGUUCAUCCCUUAUCCGUGAAGCUCUUGUUAAGAAAUGGGGAGAUUUUGCUGGGAGACCACAGAGUUAUAUUGGGGAUCUUAUAUCCAUGGGGGGCAAGGACUUGUCUCUGGGAGAUUACACCCCCGCAUGGAAGGUACAGAGACGACUUACUCACUCCGCCCUUCAGGGACGCAUGCGCAGGGACCUUAAUGACUUGUUGUGUGGAGAAGCCCGAAAGCUGUGCCAGGAUUAUCUUCACAAAGUUGGAUCCCCCGUGGAUAUUUCAGAAGAUUUCUCUCUGCGAACUUGUAGAGUUAUUGCAAUACUGACAUUUGGCUCUACAUAUGACUGUCAUGACCCGAAGUUCCAAGAAAUUCACAAAUGUGUUGUUAAUGUUAUCAAAUUUUGGGAGUCUCCUGCUGUCACCAUUUUGGACUUCAUCCCCCUAUUGCAGAAAUUUCCAAACAAAGCGCUAAAUCGCCUUAUAGAGACUUCAAAGCAAAGAGAUUCCUUGUGAGUCAUCAGCUGGGAGAAGCACAAGGUGGGUCACUAUUAUAUACAUCUAACUAGAAGCGAGUCUGAGGAAGAUAUCAUAGACGGAUGAUACGAUACUUGCGAGAUAAAGCCAGGGGAGAUAUUGGCGAGACAGAGUUCAGAAGAUCAUCUUCAUAUGUCAGUAGUUGACCUGUUUGUUGGAGGCACAGAAACAACAGCAUCUUUACUAUCAUGGACAGUAGCCUUCCUGAUUCAUUACCCUGAGGUCCAGGAGAAGAUUCAUAGUGAAAUUAUAGAAGCAGUGGGAACAGAGAGAUAUCCCACAUACUCAGACAGGAACUCCUUGCCAUAUCUUAGUGCCACCAUCUCUGAGACACUAAGACUGCGGCCUGUGGUGCCCCUGGCAGCCCACUGUACCCUAAAAGACACAAGAGCUGCUGGAGGUGAGGAAAAGAACAUCUUCAUUGUGUGGGACAGCCUCAUACUGCGUUCACUAUUAAGGCCUGGAACUUGGAAAAUCACUGCUCAGUAUAGCACAGCACCAGGAACAAAUUUUACUACUGAAUUUGAAGUAAAAAAAUAUGUUCUUCCAAAUUUUGAGGUGAAGAUUAUUCCAGACAUCCCAUAUUUCCUCAUCUCUAAAAACGAGUUAAGAUUCAGAGUUGAAGCCAGGUAUGUGUACGGGGAACCUGUAGAUGGUAUCGCCUAUGUACGAGUAGGAAUCAUAGACAAAGACGGGCAGAAAUCAAUGCUAAGAGGCCUGGAGCAGCAAGUGAAGGUAAACUGGAGCUCUAGAGGAGAAGAAGAGUUGACUUCUGUAAAAAUUGCUGGCUUCACCCUACAUCUGGAUCUCUCCAAAAACAAGAAAUACUAUAUUCCUUCUACACCAGUGCAUAUUGUUGUAAGCAAUAAAGGUUAUAUGUUAGCGCAGGAACAAGUGGAAGGUUCAGUGGUCGAGACGCUGCAUCUUCUUCCAUAUUCUUCUGCAACAAAAAGUUUCCUUCACAUGUCUGUACCAUAUCAGGUGCUGAGUCCUGGGGAGUCUGUCAGGGUCACAUUAAAGGCAGUGUCUGCAAAAGAAAAUGACGUCAAGAAGAUCUACUAUAUGGUGCUCAGUAAGGGGCAAAUUAUCUCCCUCAACUACAUCUCAAAAAGUGACUACAUAGAAUUACAUAUUCCUGUCACUUCCUCUAUGGUACCCUCUUUCCGUAUUGUCGCCUACUAUCACCUUCACUCAGAGAUCGUUGCCAACUCAGCUUGGGUGGAUGUCACAGAUGAAUGCGAGGGCAAGCUAACAUUGAGCCAUAAAGUGAAGGAUUACAUUGAACCAGGGCUAUCCUUCAGUUUGGACGUAGUAACAGAUGACAAGGCUUUUGUGUCACUAUCUGUGGUCGAUACUGCAGUAUAUAUCCUGAAUUCUAAGAACAAACUGACACUAGGCAAGAUGUUCAAAGCUAUGAAUUUAUAUGAUUUAGGGUGCUCCCCAGGUGGGGGAAAAGAUUACAAAAAUGUCUUCAUGGAUGCUGGACUUGCUUUUGUUUCCAAAGAUGAAUACAGUAACCUCAAUGGGUUUAGUUGCAAGGCCUCUCAACGGAAAAAGCGAAAUAUAGAAUUCAGUAUGCUCACUCAACAAAAAGUCAACUCUUAUCCCACUCGUGAGCUUCAGCGUUGCUGUGGAGAUGGCAUGACGCUAUUGCCUAGAAAGAUGAAAAGGACCUGUGUGCAAAGAGCGGUCCGUAUACCAUCACAGUCUUGCAAAGAGGCCUUCCGUACAUGUUGUGACUAUGCUGAGAAAUUGCGCUUAGAAAUAACUCUAAAAAAACGCAAAACUUCAGGACUGGGAAGAACUCAGGAAGUGGGCCAGGACGAUGAAGAUGACUUUGCCGAUGAAAACGAUAUUCAGUACCGUACAUAUUUUCCAGAGAGCUGGCUUUUUAAGACCGUGAAUGUGGAUAAAAAGGAAAGUAUUCAUCUUAAUGUCCCGGACUCAAUCACUACUUGGGAAAUACAGGGUAUAGGAAUGUCGGCUAGAAAAGGUUUCUGCAUUGCUGAACCAGUGAAACUAAAAGUAUUUAAACCAUUUCACAUCCACCUGCGAGUCCCAUACUCCAUUAAGAGGUUUGAACAGAUGGAAAUAAGGCCUGUAUUAUACAACUAUAAUGAUAAGCAGUUAAAGGUGAGAGUGUACAUGGAGCAAGCUGAAAGUAUCUGUAGCCCAGCCAAAGACAUUGAGGGCUCAGACGGCAUCAGACUUACUCUGCCAGCAAAUUCUGCUACUGCCGUUUCCUUUCCUGUGGUUCCCAUUGGGAAGUCUAGCCCAGUGAUAACUAUUGUAGCCCUGGGACAGAAUGGUAUUACUGACAGCAUCAGGAAACCCCUGAAGAUUGUGAGGGAGGGGACCCAAGUCCUUGAGGAAAAGACAUAUAUUGUGGAUCCCAAGGACCCGGCUAGAAGUAUCAUAACCAUUGAUGAUGAUUUACCUUCAAAUUUGAUCCCUGAUGAAGAUUUCCACUCCAGUAUUAGAAUGACUGUGGAUAGUCCAUUAAACACUAUUAACAACAGCUUGGGUGCAGAAGGAAUCAGUAACCUAAUCCGUGUCCCAUCUGGUUGUGCUGAACAAACUAUGAUUCGAACAGCUCCAGGAGUCUAUGCUUUGCGGUAUCUUGACCAUACAGAGAAGUGGAUCAUGCUUCCACCAGAACGGAAAGACGAAGGAAUGGAGAAUAUGAAACAGGGCUAUAUGAGGAUUUUACAAUUCAGAAAGAAUGAUGGUUCAUAUGGUGCCUGGAUUGAACGAAGGAGCAGUACAUGGCUUACUGCCUUUGUUGUAAAAGUGUUAUCUCUUGCUCGCAAAUACAUUGGUGUGGACGUAGAAGACAUCCGUAUUUCAGCAAAGUAUCUCACCACCAUGCAGAAUACAGACGGAAGCUUCCGAGAGAUAUUAUCUGUAAUCCACACAGAUAUGAAGGGUGGUGUUGAUGGAGUAAAUGCUGGAAUCUCUCUCACGGCCUAUGUGACGAUCGCCCUCCAUCAUUCUUUGGAAUCUCUCUCUGAAAACUCUGAAGAAGUGAAGAAAAUUAUAAGUAAAGCAAAUGAAUAUCUGCGAAAUAACCUGGACUCCCUCUCUGAACCGUACCCACUUGCUAUCACUGCGUACGCACUCACUCUCACCUCUGUGGACUCAACACUUAAAGACAAAGCCUUUAGGUUGCUUAUGAAUAUUGGACAGGAAGACACAAAAAAGAGGGAGCUGUUUUUUGGCCCGAGAAACAGUGCUCUGGCUGUGGAGACCACGGCGUACGCCUUAUUGACCGCCCUGCUCCGUAAGGAGACAACGACUGCUAAAAUGAUGUACACCUGGUUAACAGAACAACAAAACUUUGGAGGAGGGUUCAAAUCAACCCAGGACACAGUGAUGGCGCUGGAAGCUAUGUCUGAGUAUUGGAUCACCACGUAUAAGGAAGAACAAACUGCCCUAGAAGUUCAAGUGCAGUCUCUAGAGAGGAAAAAGGACAGAACAUUUUUUCUGCGGAGUGAGGACAAUGUGCAGGAGCAACUGUCGUUGGGAACAAAAUUUAAUAUAAAGGUGUCUGGAAAAGGAAAAGCAACCCUGACAGUUCUAAAACAAUAUAAUGUUAUGCAGACUGAGAACUCAACUUGUAAUGAUCUUGGACUUGAGGUGAAAGUGAGUGGAGAUGACACUGCAACCAAAGACGACAACGAUUAUAAUUAUGAUUACGGUGAUGACGGUGAGGGUGACAGUGCUGAUGAACCCAGAGGAGCCAUUGAAUGGCACGACCUGAGAAAGAGAGCACGGAGAGAGGUCUCUCAACCCAAAGAGAAGGAAGUGAAAGUUUCCUAUGAAGUGUGUAUAUGGAAGAAGCUUCAUGCUAAAGUGUCUGGAAUGGCUAUUGUGGAUAUCACUAUGCUGAGCGGAUUUGUACCCAACGCAGAGGAUCUGUACAAGCUGAAAAACAGUUCUGAAAGGUACAUCAGCCAUUAUGAGAUCCAGGCUGGAAGACUCCUGCUAUACUUUGAUGAGGUCUCAGAAAGCAAGGAAUGCAUAUCUUUUGAUGCAAUACAGACAGUGAGGAUCUCACUCCUACAGCCUGCAUCUGCAAUCUUAUAUGAUUUUUAUGAACCAGAGAGAAAAUGCAAUGUGUUCUAUGGUGCACCGUCCAAGUCAAACUUUAUUGACACCCUGUGCUCAAAGGAUGUUUGCCAGUGUGCUGAAGGCCUUUGCCCUAUAAAACGGCGCAGUAUGGAAUUAACUGAAAGUGAUCGUCAGACAUUUGCCUGCUACAGUCCUAGAGUAGUUUAUGGUUAUCACGUGCGGGUGGAGAACAUAAAAGAAGAGGAUGCUUUUGUGGUCUACAAAACCAAGAUUCUGGACGUCUUGCAGAAAAAUGCCGAUGAGAACAUUGAUAAAGAAAAAAUGCGCUUUUUCCUUCAGCGCAAGUCGUGCAAAUUACGUCUGGAGUUAAAGGAGUAUUUGAUCAUGGGACAGGACGGUCAGACUAAGGACGACAAAGGACAGAUAAGAUAUCUUCUAGAAGAUAAUUCAUGGAUAGAGGAAAUCUUAAGUCCCCGAAAAUGCGCCGCAACUCGCUUCAGGAAUAUGUGCUUGAGUAUCAAAACCUUCAUGGAAAACUAUAAAAGCGAUGGUUGUAUGGUAUAA